AUGAAUUUGAUAGUAGAAUUUUUCAUUUUUUUUUUUCUUUUAGUUAUUUCUCAUGAAACAACUGAUGAUGAGGCACAACAACAUGUUACUUAUCUUUCAUGUUUGGUAGAUUUAUCCAAUAUAACUGAAUUAGAAUUUUCAUCAAAAUAUCGUACAUAUCAAUGGAAAAGUAUUCAAUUGAUUUUACAAGCAUGUCCAAAUGUGAUUGGUAUUAGAAUUAGUACUCGAUUAUUGAUGUUAUCAAAAUUAAUCGAUAAUCCAAUACUUAUUCCAAUAUUCAAACAAAUCAAAAUGAUGAAAUUAAUAAGAGACAAAAUUUAUUUUCCUUCAAAUUUUGCAUCAAAAUUUGUUCAGCGUUUUCCAUCACUUAAUGAUAUUGAACUUCAAGUAUUUUCAUUCGAUAAUUGUGUGUCUAUUAUUAAUAUAUUUCUUACUUAUCUUGAAAAUUUAUAUUAUGUUAAAAUCAAUUAUUCUCAAGAUACGUUAUUCGAUGAUCCUUUUUCACGUGAUUAUAUUAUUAAAAAUCGUCGACGCAGUUUCCCUGGUAAUAUUGUUGAUGAAGAAAAAGUCAUUGUAAAAAAUAAUGGAGAAGUGAUACAAAUUUGGUUAAUAUGA